AUGGUAUCGACGCCCGAUCCGCCAUCGGGCGCCUCUACUCCUCGAUUUGUGUCGCAAGCCGCAACGGCUGAGGAUUUACUCAAGUCGCAGACCGUGGGCCUCGUUCACCUAGCAGAAUUCCGAAAGAGACGCGCGGAUGUUUUAGACCAGAAGGAACGGCAGCUUCAGGAGAGUGGUCGGAGUGGGAGUAACACGCCUGGUGUGGAGGGAGAUGAUGGUGCCCUGACUCCAAAUUCGGACCUACCACCGACAAAGAAGAAAAAGAAGGCUCGAAAACUACUUUCAUAUGACGACGAUGAUAAUGUCGACGAACCAGAACCUGUCAAAGGCAAGAGUGCGGUGGGCAAGUCAGAGGGUAGCAGAGCGCCGAAGAAGGCCAUGCCUAACCCGAACUCAGUAUUGCCAGCGCCGAAAGCUAUGACUAAGGCAGCGAUAGCCGCGGAAGCUGAAGAACGUGAGCGGCUACGAAAGGAUUUCCUCGAGAUGCAAGAGAAAGUCAAAAAUGCCGAAAUCGCCAUUCCAUUUGUGUUCUACGAUGGCGCCAAUAUCCCCGGUGACGUUGUCAGGAUCAAGAAGGGCGACCCCAUAUGGCUCUUUCUCGAGCGGGCACGUAAGAUCGCCGCUGAAAAGGGCGUGCAAGGUAGCGGUGCUGCAGCGGGAGGCAUGAACUCGCAGGACAGUAAAAAACAGUGGGCUCGGGUUGGCGUGGACGACUUGAUGUGCGUAAGGGCGGGCGUCAUUGUGCCGCAUCACUACGACUUCUACUAUUUCAUCGCAAAUAAGACGCAGGACCCAGCCAGAGAUGGCAAGUUAUUGUUCGAUUACAAAGGAACCGCAGAGACAUAUGUCACAGAAGAAGCGCCGCUUCUGAGAGUCCCGGGCCAGGAGAAGCUGGAAGGCAGUGACAGUGACCCAACGUAUACCAAAGUGGUCGAUCGGAGAUGGUACGAGAAGAACAAGCACAUCUUCCCAGCAUCGACAUGGAAAGAGUUCAAAGUGGGCAAGGAUUUUGAGGAGGGCGCGAAGCAACGAAAGGAUGCUGAGGUGCGUGGGAAUGACAUCGGAAACCGCGACGCCGGUAUUCAAGAUCUUACGAAGUCGGCCAUUGAAUGCCUCGAGCCAAUCCUGCAACAACAGACAAGCAUCACCAUGACGGAACAGCCACUGCGAUGCAACAAUCAGAUUGGAGGAUAUUGCAGGAAUCAGUUGGUGGAUGAGGCUGUUGUAACAACCUGCUCGCAUAUCUUCUGUCUUGAUUGUGCUACCAAAACUCGCUUCGCCAACGCUGCGCUUCACGAACGAUCUUGCCCAGUCUGCCAGACUGCUCUGCCGAAUCAUGAUGAUGCCGUACAAGCCCGACUUUCGCCCAGCGAAGACUACAAGACAAGCGUGCUCAGUGGUCUUGAUCCAAACACCAUCAUGGAGUGUGCCGGUCGAGCCCUGGCUUUUUGGACUUAUCAAACGACGCAAGAAAUCCUCUACCAAGAACAUAUGGGCAAACAGCUCAAGGACAAGUAUGGCCAGCUGAAUUCCGCGAUGGACAAAAUCAUUAAUGAAGCCAACACUGAGAUAUCAACCUUGCAAAACAAGGUCUCGGCCAUGUCUCUUGACCAGCGAGCUAUCCAAGAGAAGUACGAUGACCUUGUCAAUUUGUACCGUGACAAAAGCAAAAGGUGUGCACAGGCACAGCAGCUCUACGAUACUCUGAAGAAAAAAUUCAUGCUCCGAGACGUCGAGACAGCUGCAUCUGAGAAUGUCACCCAGACGCUGCAAUCAAUUGUCCACCAAAGCAGACCACGCACUGAUCAAGAAUACUCCGUUCCCAGGCUAUCGUACUCUAGCGCUGCUGGUCAGAAUGUUCAAAGAAGUGAGCUCCUACAGCCAGACCUUCUGGGGACAGACCUGAGACCUGUGAACUAUGCCGCUCGCCGGAGCAGUGAAGCUGGACGAGGCAACGAUGAAAUGGCCCCUCCUUUGCGUCCUGUUGCGAAUCGGAAUGCCAAACCAACCGCCCCCGAUACGCCGCUGCAGAAAACUACACUGUCCCUUCAAGGUCGAGCUACGAUCAAUCGAUCUCAAAUCCCGGUCAGUACUCGACCUGAUGCUCGUUUCAACGUUCAGAACGUUGGCUCCAUCAGACACGGCGUUCAUGGCGAGGGCUUCGAUCGCGCCAAAGCUAGCACUCCUCGCGGAUUUGGUAUGCUUCAUGGAAUGAGAGUUGGCAGAGCCGAAACUGCUGAUGGACAAGCCAUGGAGUCAAGACUAUUGAGAUCCGACGGCAUGUACUGA